AUGAGUGGCCUAGGAGGCGGUUGGAGUGGUGGAGAUGGAGGUGGAGGUGGUGGAUACGGAGGAGGUGGAUUUGGAGGCGGUGGUCAUGGAGGAGGAGGUGGAUUUGGAGGUGGUGGCCAUGGAGGAGGCGGAUUUGGAGGUGGUGGUCACGGUGGUGAUUUUGGAGGAUCUGGAGGUGGUUCUUUUGGAGGAUACGGAGAUUCUGGAGGUGAUUUAGGUGGGCAUGGAGGUGGCGGAUUUGGAGGAUCUGAUUCACAUGGUUCUGGAGGUGAUUUUGGAGGUCACGGAGGUGGUGGAGGAGGCGGAUCUGGAGGAUUUGGAGGCUCUGGACAUGGAGGAGAUAGUUAUGGACCACCUUCUUCAAGUUAUGGAGCACCAUCAUCAGGCCAUGGAGGAGGAGCUCCUUCUUCAAGCUAUGGAGCACCAUCAUCCGGUCAUGGAGGAGCUCCUUCGUCAAGCUAUGGACCACCAUCGUCUAGUUAUGGAGUACCAUCAUCAGGUGGUGGAGGAGGAGGAGGAUGGUCAUCUUCAGGUGGAGGUGGAGGAGGAGGAUGGUCAUCUUCAGGUGGUGGUGGUGGAGGAUGGUCAUCAUCAGGAGGUGGCGGAGCACCAUCGUCUAGUUAUGGAGUACCAUCGUCAGGCCAUGGUGGAGGAGCUCCGUCUUCAAGUUAUGGAGCACCACCAUCAUCAAGUUAUGGAGCACCAUCAUCAGGUGGAGGAGGAGGAGGAGGAGGAUGGUCAGCAUCAGGUGGUGGAGGCUUCUCAUCAGGAGGUGGAGGCUUCUCAUCAAGUCACGGAGGAUCGCCAUCGUCUAGUUAUGGAGCACCUCCAUCACAAAGUUAUGGGCCUCCUUCUACUAGCUAUGGAGUACCUUCUUCAGGAUUUGGAAGCAGUGGGCAUGGAGGCAGUUCAUCUGGAUUUGGAGGUCACGGAAGUUCUGGAGGUUAUUCUGGAGGAGGAGGUGGAGGAGGUGGUGGUCACGGUGGAUUUUCAUCAAGUUUCGGUGGUGGAUCUUCAAGUUAUUCUGGAGGUCAUGGUAGUUCUGGAGGAUAUUCUUCUGGAGGUCAUGGUGGCUCUGGAGGAUAUUCUUCUGGAGGUCACGGCGGUUCUUCUUUCUCUUCUGGAUUCAGUGGCUCUGAUUCUUACUCUUCAGGUGGUAGCGGUAGUAGCUUUUCAGGAUAUCACAAAAAGUAA